GCCGGGGGCCGGGCGGGGCCGUGCGCUCCGCCCCGCGCCGCCCCCGCGCCGCCCCGCGCACAAACUUCGGCCGAGUUGGGAGCGGGCGGAGCGGAGCGGAGCGAUGCGGGCGCGGGGCGCGCUGCGGCGGCUGCUGCUGCUGGCCGUGCUGGGGGCUGUGCAGUGCCAGGACCCUGAGCCCCUGCACGGCUGCUCUCUGGGCAGCUGCUACCCGGCCACUGGGGACCUGCUGGUUGGCCGCGCCCAGCGGCUCUCGGCCUCGUCCACCUGCGGCCUGCGGCGCCCACAGCGCUACUGCAUCGUCAGCCACCUGCAGGAUGAGAAGAAGUGCUUCACCUGCGACUCGCGCCGGCCCUACGACCCGCGCACCAACCCCCGCAGCCACCGCGUGGACAGUGUCGUCACCACCUUCGCGCCCCACCGCAAGGAGGCCUGGUGGCAGUCGGAGAACGGGGUGGAGCAGGUCAGCAUCCACCUGGACCUGGAGGCCGAGUUCCACUUCACCCACCUCAUCAUGACCUUCAAGACCUUCCGCCCGGCUGCCAUGCUGGUGGAGCGCUCCGCCGACUUUGGCCGCACCUGGCGGGUUUACCGCUACUUCGCCUACGACUGUGCGAGCUCCUUCCCAGGCGUGUCACGUGGGCCCCUGCGCCACGUGGACGACGUCAUCUGCGAGUCCCGCUACUCGGACAUUGAGCCGUCCACAGAGGGCGAGGUGAUCUACAGGGUGCUGGACCCGGCCCUGCCCAUCCGGGACCCCUACAGCCCCGACAUCCAGAACCUGGUGCGUGUGACCAACCUGCGGGUGAACCUGACCAAGCUGCACACGCUGGGCGACGACCUGCUGGACUCGCGGCGGGAGAUCAAGGAGAAGUACUACUACGCUGUGUACGAGAUGGUGCUGCGCGGCAACUGCUUCUGCUACGGCCACGCGGCCCAGUGCGCCCCACUCCCCGGCAGCCCCGACCGCGAGGGCAUGGUGCACGGCCGCUGCGUCUGCCAGCACAACACACACGGCCUGAACUGCGAGACCUGUGCCGACUUUUACCAUGACCUGCCCUGGCGCCCGGCCGAGGGGCACAGCACCAACGCCUGCCGCAGGUGCGAGUGCAACGGGCACGCCAGCCGGUGCCACUUCGACAUGGCCGUGUUCCUGGCCACGGGCAAUGCCAGCGGUGGCGUGUGUGACGACUGCCAGCACAACACCAUGGGGCGGCGCUGCGAGCUCUGCAAGCCCUUCUACUACAAGGACCCCGCGCGCGACCUGCGGGACCCCAGCGCCUGCCGAGCCUGCGACUGUGACCCCGAUGGGACCCUGGACGGGGGCCUGUGCGACAGUCACGAUGACCCGGCGCUGGGGAUGCUGGCUGGGCAAUGCCGCUGCAAGGAGCACGUGCAGGGCCCCCGCUGCGACCGCUGCAAGAUGGGCUUCUUUGGGCUGCGCGCCGACAACCCCCAGGGCUGCCAGCGCUGCCAGUGCGACUCCCGCGGGACUGUGUCAGAGGGGACUCCAUGCAACCCCGUCAGCGGCGACUGCUUCUGUAAGCGCCUGGUGACCGGCCGCAGCUGCAGCCAGUGCCUGCCCGAGCACUGGGCCCUGAACCACGACCUGCCCGGCUGCCGUGCCUGCGACUGCGACGUGGGAGGUGCCUGGGACAACCAGUGUGUGGCAGAGAUGGGGCAGUGCCGCUGCCGUGCCCACAUGCUGGGCCGCCAGUGCCACCAGGUGGAGCCCGGCUACUUCCGCAUCCGCCUGGACCACUACACCUACGAGGCCGAAGAUGCCCGGCUGCGACAGGGCUCGGCAGUGCCGCGCACAGCCCCUGACGGCCGCUCGCCCACGUGGACGGGCACGGGGUUCGCCCACCUGCAGCAGGGCGGCGCGGUGGAGUUCCACGUUGCCGAUGUGCCAGCCGCCAUGGACUACGACGUCGUGUUGCGCUACGAGCCCCAGCUGCCGGAGCCGUGGGAGGAGGUGAAGCUGUCAGUGCUGCGGCCAGGCCGCAUCCCCACCAGCAGCCCCUGCGGCAACACCAUCCCCGACGAUGACCUGCUCACUGUGGCCCUGCCGCCCGACGCCAGGCACGUGGUGCUGUCCCAGCCCGUCUGCCUGGAGCCAGGCGUCAGCUACACCAUCCGCCUGGAGCUCGGGCGCUACUCGUCCCGCCAGCCGGAGCCUGGCGUCGCCAUCCUCAUCGACUCACUGGUGCUGGUGCCGCGCUACUCCUCCAUGGAGAUGUUCAUUGCGGGGGACGCCGCUGCACUGGGGCGCAGAGAGACCUUCGAGCGGUACCGCUGCGCCCAGCACGCCUGGGCCGUGGGCCAGGCGCUGGCUGCCGAGGCGUGUGCUGGCCUGCUCACCAGCAUGUCGGCCAUCCUGCACGGCGGGGCGCUGCCCUGCCGCUGCGACCCCCAGGGCUCGCUGAGCUCCGAGUGCGACCCCCAGGGCGGGCAGUGCACCUGCAAGGCCAACGUCAUGGGGCGCCGCUGCCACCUCUGCACCCCGGGCACCUUCGGCUUCGGGCCCAGUGGAUGCCGCCCCUGCCAGUGCAGCGGUGACGGGGCCCUGAAUGGGGUCUGUGAUGGCGCCACGGGGCAGUGCCACUGCCAGCCAGGCGCCUUCGGGCCCCGUUGCGACCGCUGCCAGCCUGGCCACUGGGGUUUCCCCGCCUGCCGGCCCUGCCAGUGCAAUGGGCACGCCGAGGAGUGCGACCUGCGGACCGGCUCCUGCCUGCGCUGCCGGGACAACACGGACGGCGACCGCUGCCAGAGGUGUGCGGCGGGUUACUUUGGGAACCCGGCGCUGGGCUCGGGUGAGCGGUGCCGGCCCUGCCCCUGCCCUGAGGGCCCCGGCAGCACCCGCUACUUCGCCAGCUCCUGCCACCAGGACGCCCGCUCGGGGCAGGUGGUCUGCCACUGCCAGGCGGGCCACGCCGGGCCCCGCUGCGAGGAGUGCGCGCCCGGGCACUUUGGGAGACCCCAGCAGGCGGGUGGGCACUGCCGGCCCUGCCAGUGCAGCGGCAACAUCGACACAGCCGACCCAGGCGCCUGUGACCCACGCACUGGGCACUGCCAGCGCUGCCUGUACCACACCGAGGGGACACACUGCCAGCACUGCCAGCCUGGCUACUUCGGCAAUGCUGCCCAGCGCUCCUGCAGGCGCUGCUCCUGCCAUGCCCUGGGCACGCAGCACAGUGAGUGCCCGUCGCCAGAUGCCUGCCGGUGCGAGCGGCGCAGUGGGCAGUGCCACUGCCUGCCCCAUGUGCAGGGCCAGAGCUGCGACCGCUGCGCCCCCCACUUCUGGAACCUGGCCAGCGGCCGGGGCUGCGAGCCCUGCGGCUGCCACCCCCUGCAUGCCCAGAGCCCGGCCUGCAACGAGUUCACAGGGCAGUGCCCGUGCCAACCGGGCUUCGGAGGCCGCACCUGCGCCGACUGCCAGGAGAACCACUGGGGCGACCCCGGCCAGCAGUGCCGCGCCUGCGACUGUCACCCCCGCGGCAUCGCCAGCCCCCAGUGUGACCGCACCACCGGGCACUGCGCCUGCCGUCCCGGCGUCUCGGGCGUGCGCUGUGAUCAGUGCGCCCGCGGCUUCACUGGCGCCUUCCCCGACUGCCGGCCCUGCCACCAGUGCUUCGGGGACUGGGACCGGGCCGUGCAGGACCUGGCCGCCCGCACCCGCAGCCUGGCACAGCGUGCCCGCCACAUCCAGCACACCGGCUUGGCCGGCGCCUUCGAGAAGCACUUCAAGCAGCUGGAAGAGAAGCUGGGCACAGUGCAGGCCAUUGUUGCAGCCCGCAACGCCACCGCGGCCGCUGUCACCAACCUGAUGCGCACCAUGGAGGAGCUGCGGCGGGGCAUCGAGGAGGCCACGGAGGCGCUGACACAGCUGGAGGGGGAGUUGACGGCCACGCAGGACAAGACUUUCAAUGCCAGCCACAUACUGGGCACGCUGGAGCGCAGUGCCCGCGGCCUCAACGUCAGCCUGCACGGCCUGGCGCAGGAGCUCCAUCGCCUCAAGGACUCCAACUUCCUGGGCGCCUACGACAGCGUGCGCCAGUCUCAUGCCCAGUCGCAGGAGGCAGAGCGCCGUGCCAACGCCUCCAGCCUGGCAGUGCCCAGCCCCGUGCGGGACUCAGCAGCCAUCCGGCGCCGGGCUGAGCAGCUGCUGACCCGGGGACGGGACGACUUCAACCGCAAGAACGCGGCCAGCCGGCGCGCCCUCAUCGACCUGGAGGCCAAGGCCAGUGCCCUGCACCUGCACCGCAUCAACGAGAAGGUGUGCGGGGCACCGGGGGACGUGCCCUGCUCCAGCAGCCCCUGCGGGGGGGCCGGCUGCCGGGAUGAGGACGGCAGGCGUCACUGCGGCGGCCUGAGCUGCACUGGGGCGGCAGCCACGGCUGACAACGCGCUGGACCGGGCCCGGCACGCCGAGGACGAGCUGCGCCGAGCGCUGGGGGAGGUGGACGAGUUGGCCCACCAGGUGGCGCUGGCAAAGGGCAAGGCGGACGAGGCGCGGCUGCGGGCCCAGGCGGCGCUGGACAAAGCCAACGAGACGCGGGCACGCGUGGAGCGCUCCAACAAGGAGCUGCGGGAGCUCAUCCAGCAGAUCAAGAGCUUCCUGAACCAGGAGGGGGCCGACCCUGACAGCAUCGAGGCGGUGGCCAGCCGGGUGCUGGAGCUCUCCAUCCCGGCCUCGCCUGCCCAGAUCCGUCACCUGGCCGAGGAGAUCAAGGAGCGGGUCAGCAGCCUGGCCAACGUCGACGCCAUCCUGGAGCAGACGGCCGGCGACGUGCGGCGAGCCGAGCAGCUGCUGCGCGAUGCCCGCCGCGCCAAGUCGCGGGCAGAGGGCGUGAAGAGCACAGCUGAGGGGGUGCGGCGCGCGCUGGAGGAUGCCAGGCAGGCCCAGAGCGCAGCCACGAGUGCCAUCAACAGUGCCAGCGCCGACAUCCGGCACACGGAGCAGGCCCUUGGCGAGAUCCAGGCGCAGACGGCGAGCGCGGAGCGGCAGCUGCAAGGCGCGCUGGCCCGGGCCGGGCAGCUGGACGGGCAGCUGGACGUGCUGCGCAUGAAGCGGGCCAACAACAGCCUGGCGGCCACGCGGGCCCAGGACACGGCCAGCGCCGCGCGCCUCCGCGCCGGGGAGGCCAAGCAGCAGCUGGAGGGGCACCUGCAGGACAGGUACCGGACGGUGCAGGAGCUGGUGGAGCGCAAGGCGCAGAGCCUGGUGCGGGCCCGGGCGCGGGCGGAGCGGCUGCGCGGCGAGGCCGAGGGGCUCCUGCGGGACGCCCAGAGCAAGCUGCAGCGCCUGCGCGCGCUGGAGGAGUCGUACGAGGGGAACGAGCGGGUGCUGGAGGAGAAGGCGGCGCAGCUGGACGGGCUGGAGGCCAAGAUGAAGGGCAUCCUGGGCACCAUCAACGAGCAGAUCCAGAUCUACAACACCUGCCAGUGACCCCCCCCCCGCGCCGCGCCCGGCGCAGCCGCUUGUGUGUGAAUAAAGCCCGGCUGGCGCUGC